AGUACCAACUUGUCACCCUCAUCCUCAUUCAAGCCACGUUACGCUUCAAGCGAAGUCGUCAUUGCCCUCAUCAGGCUCUUCCCAUCAGCUCCGCUGUAAUUCAAUCGUUCAACGUUUGAGUAGCGUUUCCUACACGUCAAGAAUCGUUCACUCAACUCAACUCAAUCAAGCAUCUCGCGUCCCGACGUCCUAUCUGAGCCGAUGCUUCUUUCCAGCUCGAUAAUGCAGCGCGCAUUUCGAGGAGAGUUCUCCCAAGUUUUAUCCGCCGGGGUUCUGCUGCUUCUGGUGUGCAUAAUCCCGGACCUUGGGUCUCUGCACGUGGCGAGGGCGACGGACUCUAGAUUAUCUUUCGCCAGCAAGACGACGGUUCGCGAAGGCGCGCUGAGGUCGAAACGGAGUAACCACUUCAUCUUUCUUCGCCGGCGCCUUGCGGCUGAUCACGUCGUGCCAGACGACGUUACGAUUGGGACAGUUUCGCCAGAUGAUGUUACCGUUACAAUGAAGAGGGGCGACAAAGCAGAGGCUGAAGGCCGCGCUACAGGCAACACACUGCCCUCGUACUCUACGGACGGUGCGACGUCGUCUAGCGAUGACCGCGAUAGUCGCGAACGGGCGGGCGACUCAAACGAAGUCAGCGUGCGACGGAGUCUGACUUUCGCAAGCCUGCGAACUCAGCAGCUGGGGCGACUAGUGGUCGAGAGAAGCGGGAAAACGAUUUUCUUGAAGCGGGCCAAUAGCGGGGUGAAAUCGGACGGCUCGGAACGGAAAACGUCAAAAUCUGACGGGAAAGCAGUGACGGGAGGAAGCUUCAUUGGCAGAGUCGUGCACGAACUCCUUGCGGGGUCGUCGUUGAAACGCGGCGACGAAACGAAGAGAAACCAACAGGAAAAUAGGCCUGGGAGUGCCCCUAACAGUGCUAGUACUACUACAAGUAGCACUCCUAACCAACCAAAGGCGGCAUCAGAUAACGUGCAUGCGGCGCAAACGCGGGCGGCAUGGGAGGACGACGACGACUACGAGCCGGCUGCUAUAGUGGGGCGAAAGCAGGAGUGAUAGGACUCUUGAGACGACUCAAAGAUCAUAUGCUACAGGGCGGAAGCAGGAGAGAUAGAAGGAGAGAUAGGAGGAAGAAGGGCGCGGGGAAUCUUUUGAGUGGACUCAAGGUGUGCGGAAACAUGGGCUGCAUGGGAAGGCGACGACGACGACGACGACUACGAGCCGGCUGUUACAGGAGGGCGGAAGAAGGAGAGGUAGGAGGAAGAGGUAGGAGGACGGCGCAGGGAAGCUUUUGAGUGGACUCAAGUGCGUGGGAACCCGGGCCGCAUGGGAAGGCGACGACGACGACGACGACGACGACGACUACGAGCCAGCUGUUACAGGAGGGCGGAAGCAGGAGAGGUAGGAGGAACGACGACGCCAGGAAGGAUGGAGGAGGGAACAGAGAGAGGUGUCGAAGUGGGACGUGUGGUAUCGAGAGGUUUCGUCACCAGCCGGAAGCAGCACAAGAGAACGUGCGUGCGGCGGACGGCCGCAUGGGAAGACGAUGUUGAAUACGAGCCGGCUGUUACAGUAGGGCGGAAGCAUGAGAAUAUGGAGAGGGAUAAGCAUGAGAGAUAUGAAGGACGACGAAGGAAGGAGGGAGGAGGGCAUGUUGAGGGAGCCAUGGAAGGAAGGGAGGUUGGUGUGCCUUCCUCUCCAUCUUCCCUCCUCCAUUCUCCCUUGGUGGGAGUUGGCGUGGGAGAAGGAUUUCGCGAGCGACCAUCUCGCACAGAAACCCUAAAGAACAGCGCGCCAGGGAGGCAUGCUAUACGCGCUAGUGCAAAGCUGGUCUUCAAUCGAGGCACAGUUUUUUUGUGGAUGUUGGUGAUCCCAAUAUGGCUCCUUGGCCCAUAAGGACAUGGGAAUAAGGCCAGCCAUGAGUGAACCACUACCCCUUCCAAUCUCCCUCUAGGUCCAAAUAGAACAGCUUUUCACAU